CUUUUAUAUUCUUCUUGUUUCUGGAAACAGUGAAGGAUAUACUAUUGAAAACCAAGUUGCAUAUUCAAGUCAGCCUUAGGAAUCUACUCAGGGACUAGCCAUGACAGAGGACAAUGAAAGCAGGGCUUCAAUUAAGCAUGAGGGACAUUAUAAAGCUAUGGCGGUUUGUUGGUUUCUAGGACUGGGCUCCCUUGUCGCUUGGAACAGUAUGCUGACUAUAGGAGAUUACUAUUAUAAUUUGUUUCCAGCGAGUUACCACCCGUCGCGGGUUCUUACCCUUGUUUAUCAACCAUUUGCACUUAUUACUAUGGUAACACUAGCAUACCAUGAAGCAAAGUUGAACACCAGGAAGAGGAACUUAAUUGGAUAUGCUCUCUUCUUCCUUGGGACCUUGAUGCUAAUAGUGGUGGAUUUAGCUACGUCUGGGCGUGGAGCGAUUGGACCCUAUAUUGGUAUAUGUGCAUGUGUUGGUGCAUUUGGGGUUGCAGAUGCCCAUGUUCAAGGUGGAAUGGUCGGAGACCUGUCUUUUAUGCAUCCUGAAUUCAUCCAGUCCUUCUUUGCUGGCUUGGCUGCAUCAGGUGCUCUAACCUCUGGCAUGAGGCUGAUGACGAAAGCUGCCUUUGAGAAGUAUCACAAUGGUCUUCGUAAGGGGGCGAUGAUGUUCCUAGCAAUUUCCACACUCAUUGAGUUUCUGUGUAUUCUUCUAUAUGCAAUUUACUUCCCUAGAUUGCCUAUAGUAAAGUACUACCGCUCAAAGGCAGCCUCAGAAGGCUCUAAAACUGUAUCCGCUGAUCUUGCUGCUGCUGGCAUCCAAACACAAGCAGACAUAGAAGUCUCAAAUGAUACUAAAAUACUUCCAACUCGACUGAGCACUAAGCAAUUGUUCAUGCAGAAUAUAGAUUAUGCACUUGACUUGUUUCUGAUAUAUGUGCUGACAUUAUCAAUCUUCCCCGGCUUCAUAUUUGAAAAUACCGGAAAACACCAGUUAGGCACAUGGUAUCCGCUUGUUCUGGUCGCAAUGUACAAUGUGUUGGAUUUGAUAUCAAGAUACAUACCCCUUGUGAAAUGCCUGAAGAUCGAAUCCAGAAAGGGCCUCAUGAUUACAAUUCUAUCGCGUUUCCUGUUCGUUCCAGCAUAUUACUUCACCGGAAAAUAUGGCGACCAGGGAUGGAUGAUCUUGCUCACAUCAGUCUUAGGAUUAACAAAUGGUUAUCUCACUGUAUGUGUCAUGACAGUGGCACCCAAGGGUUACAAGGGACCUGAGCAAAAUGCCUUGGGAAAUAUACUUGUGUUGUGUCUUUUGUGCGGCAUAUUUGCAGGAGUUUCCCUUGACUGGUUAUGGCUCAUUGGCAAGAGCAAAUUUUAAGGAGCCGAAGUGUGAUCACCAAGAAAUAAAGUUGCUCUAGUUUGAAUGCUAAUUUCAUGAUUGGCUGAAUUGAAGACCAAAUAGGAACUACUUCUUGCAACCUUGUAAAUUAUUGGUUUUCUUUCUUGAAUUAAGAUGAUAGAAGAAGAUUAGUGUGACAUAUUGAAGAUAUAGUAGGCCUGCAGCAAACCU